AUGAAUACUGAAAAAGAAAUAAAAAGAAGAAAAACUAGAAGUUCCUCACAGUAUGGAGCUCAAUAUGACGAAUGGAAGAAAAAAAUUACUAGUAGUUUUGAUAAAAAACUUGAGAAUAUUAAUACGGAAAAAGAUAUGAUAGAAAAAAAAAGAUAUUGUAGAUAAUUCAAUGAUAACGUAGAUGAUACAAAAGAAGAAUUUAUGGAAGAAAAAGUGAUAACCUUAAACGUUGAGGGAGAUCCUGAUGAGGCAUGGAAAGAAAUUGAACAACAUAUAAAUACAAAAAUAAAUCAAUGUCACAGUCUUCAAUGCAUAAGAAUUUCUAGUAAUUAUACAAAAGAAAAAAGAGAUAAAAGAAGGUCGAUAAUAAAUUUCUGUAAAAAAAGAGACACACGUUUUCAUUCCCUAAAAAUGAGACAGAAAAAGGAUAAUUGUUUAAGUUAUAAUUGAUGGAUAAAUGAAGAAAAGAAUAAAUUUAAGGAAAAUAAUCCAUGGAAUAUAAGUAAUAGCAAUGGAAAUGAUUAAGAUUUAAAAAAUUCUCACAAUUGUACACUGAUCAAUAUGAGUAUGUUUUCAAAUGAGAGUCGUGAUAAAUAUGAUCGGAAACAAAAGCAAAUGACGAUUAAUUCAUCAAAUAAACAAGGUUCAAAUUCAGGUUCCGUACUCACACAAAUUCCUAAUAGUAAAACAACUCCAAUUAAAACUACUCCACCUACUACUAUCCCUAGUGCCACAAUUACAUAUGUAUACACAAAUACAGUUUCAACAAAUACUUCUAUCAUACCUUCACUUACAUCCUCACAUACAACUACAUCUACACCUUCACAUGCAACUAAACCUUUACCUAUAAAUGCAUCUUUAACUACACCAAUAUCUGCAUCAACACUUGUAGAUACAUCUACAUCUGUUCAAGUAACUGCACAGAAAAGUUCAUCUACAAAUAUAAUCCAAGUUACAUCACCAAAUAUUAAGCCUACAACUAUACUUGUGCCUAUUAAUACACCUGUAAAUACCUCUAUACCUAUGAGUACACCCACACCAAAUAAUACAACUAUACUCAAUGAUACAUCAACUACUUCAAAUGCAUCAAUAUCUACAUCUACAUAUUCACCAACUCUUGUACAUGUAUCUACACCUAUACAUGUACCUAUAUUUGCAAAUAUAAAUGCAUCUACAAAUAAAUUCUUAUCUGCAAAAGUGACAUUAAUUACAUCAGCACCCUUAUCUACAUUAAAAUAUGCAGCUAAAUCAAAACAAGCAAAUGCACUAACACCUUCAGUUGCAUUAAAUACCAGAAAAGAAAAUUCCAAUGUUACAUUAACUAAUUUCAAAACUACCUCAUCCGUACAUAAUUUACCUGCAAGCAUUCCUGUUCAUAAUACAAGUAAUGGGAAUAUAUUCUCAGGUAUUUCUAUCAAAAGUUCGUCUACAGUAAAUGCAUCUGCCAUUAUUUCUGCUUCAGUUUCCUUGGGAUCAAUUUUGGGAAUUAUUCUUCUUUUUAUAUUUGUAUAUAGAUAUUUCUUAAAACUAUUAACAAAGAGAAAUAUAUUUUGUAUAUUUAAUAUUUUCUAUUUAUAUAAUAGUGCACUCCCAUUGGUUAGUGGCUCGGUAAUCGUAGAUCAAAGAAAAAAAAACACAGAAAAAAAAGGAAAAACUACAGGUAGAAAUGCACUAAUAUUCUUAGGAUUUUCCUAUAAAAGAUCAGAGAUCAAUAUGAAAAACUUUUCAAUAUGUAAUGAGAAAAAAGGUUCCACAUGUGAAAUUAUACUGGGAAAUGAAAUUAAUGUAAUGAGAGAUAUGACAAAGAAGAAUCCAAAGAAAAUGAAAAUAAAAAAAAAGAGAAAGAAAGGAAAAAGUAGAAAACAAAAUGAAAGAAAUAUAGAAACAAGGAGCAAUAUUGCAGAAAGAAAAAAAGAGUGGAAAUGGAAGGCUGUAACUGAAAUAUAUAUGAUGGUAUUAGAGGAGUGCCAAAAAAAAAAAUGGGAAUUGAAUAGAAGAGAAUUUCUAAACAUUUGUUUGGAAGAAUUUAAAGAAAAAGGAGUCAUAUAUUCGGAUGUAAUUAACAGAGACAUGGUAAAGGAAAUAGAGCAAGAAAAAAUUAAUAAUAUUUUUUUAAAACAAAAGUCUUUAUGGAAAAUAUGAACAGAAUGAAAUGAUAAGUUGAUAGAGAAAUGGAAAAAGGAACAGAGGUUUAAAAAUUUGAAGAAAGAAAAAAAAAAGGUUAAUAAAUGCAUAGAAUUAACAGAAAAAAAACAGAUGAUUGAAGGCACAAAUAAAAGACCAAUUAACUCUAUGCUAGAAAGACAAAAAAUAAUAUGGAAAAAAUGGAUAUAAAAACAAAAAAAUUUGCAUGUUUUUGAUAACAAUGAAUUAUUAAAACAGUUGUUAGUAGAAUAUGAAACAGAAGAAGAAAUGAAAAAAAGUGUGAAAACAAUAGAUAGAGAGAAAAUAAAAACGGAGAUAGGGAAGAAAAAUAAAGAAGAUAAGGAUUUAAACAAAAAUAAAUUAAUGUCGAGAUUAUGGACGGAGAUACAUACGAUGGUAUUAGACGAAUGCAAAAAAGAAGAGUGGAUAUCGAACAAAAAAGAAUUUCUGAAAAUGUGCAUAGAAGAAUUGGAAAUGCGGAAUAAUUCAGAUGAAAUAGUAGAAAUUUUAGAAAUAGAAGAAGAAAUAAUAAAAAAUAUUACAUUAAAAAAAAAAAAGACGAAUUAAAAAAAAUGGGGAAGGAAAAACAUUUUAUUGAAUUGAAGUAAGAAUAAGAACAAGGAAAAGAAAUAUAUGAACAAAUUGAAUAAAGAAAACUUCUUGGGAGAUAAUAAAGAAAGAAUCGAAAAUUUUAUGCUAGAAAAGCAAAAAAUUAUAUGGAAGAAGCACUGAAAAGAGAUAGAUAAGAAAUUAGAAGAUGAGAAUAAGAAAGAGUGCUUUAUAAAGUUGAUGGACAAAUUAAAGAAAAAAGAAGUGAAUAUAAAAGAAAUAGAUAAAAUUAAUGUAACACAAAAAAAUAUAAAAGAAGAUGAAAUUGAAAAGGAAAGAGAAAAACUAAAAUAUUUACAUAAGAAAAAAGAAGAAAAAAUUAGACAUGUAGAAGGUAGAAAAAAUAAAAAAAAAAGAGUAAUUAUGAGAUUAAGAAAGAAGCCGAAGAUAAAAACUAUAAUAGAAAUACAAAUGUUAAUAAUGUAUUGUAAACAAGAAGAAUGGAAAUUAAACAGAGUAGAAUUUUUAGAAAUUUGCUUGAAUGAAUGGUUAAAAUGUGAGGAAUUAAUUGAAGAUGUACUGGACAAAGAAGUUAUGAUGAAAGAAUAAAAGGGAAGUACCGCUGUAUCAUUAGAAAAACAGAAGAUGUUAUCGAAGAAAUGGAUAGAAAGACAAAGAAAGAUGUUGGAAAAAUUGAAAAAGGAAGAAAAUAUGUAUAUAGAAACAAAAGACAAAUUAGAAUUCAUGGACAGACAAGAUAAAAUAGAGUAAUCCUUCAUUAGAGAGGAAAAUAGAAAUAUGGAAGCAAUGGCUACGGAGAAAAAGGGAGGUAUUUAUGGAUUAUUAUAACGAGGGAUGGUUCACAGAGUUAUUCGAAGAAUAUGAAUUUAUAAAAGAAAAAGAAGAGAAUAUAGAAGAAAAAAAAAAAAUUCAGAAAAUAGAAGAGAAGCAGGAAUAAUAAAGGAGGAAGUAGAUAAGAAAAAAAAGAAGGAAAAGUUAAUAUUUAAUAUGUGUGCGGAGAUACAUAUGAUGGUAUUAGACCCGUGUAAAAAGGAAGAGAUAGAGUCCAUGAGAAAUGAGCAUCUUAAAUUAUACACAGAACAUAAGAAAAAACAUAAAGGAUCAUGUGAAAAAGAAAUGAAAAAUGAGAAAGUAGAUGAAAUAGAAAAAGAAAGAAAAAUGGGAGUGUUGGAGAAAAGGGAAUUGGUAUUAAGAAUUAAAGUUGGAUUGGAAAGAAGAAAUAGGACAUAUGAAAAAAAUAACGGAUAA